GGAACACGCCUCUCCGGUCUUGACCGUCUGAGAGAGCCACCAACUCCAUCACUCUCUUGAUCUCUUCUCCUCUCGUCUCAGUCGCGCGGCCGUAUAAAAUCCACCCGGCGCCUUUCUUCUCCAACUCACACGCCGGUCGGCCGGUCGGUGACCUCUCCCUCUCUUCUCUUCUUCUUCUUCUUCUCCGAAGCUUAGCUUGGAAUUGGAGGAGAGGAAGACCUCCACGCUUGCUUGUCUUGCUGCUUUGCCAACCCACGGCACCAACCACCCACCGCCAGAAGAAAAAUCCAAGCGAAAAGUGCAGCGGUAGGUAGAUUAGCAGCUUGCUCGGGCGGCGGCCAUGGAAGCGCCGGCGGCUAUCCGGAACACCGCGGCCGCUCUCUCCCUGCCGGCGCCGCGGGCCCGCGCGGGGAGGCUCGGCGGCACGCGCCGGCAGCCGUGCGCGGCAGCGUCCUGCUCCAGCCGCGGCGACUGGCAGACGGCCUGCGCCAUCCUCUGCAGCAACAGCAACAACAAGCCCAAGGUGAACGGCCAGAGCCAGACCACGGAAGAGCUGGCGCCGGCGGAUUCGUCUUCGUCUUCCUCGGAUCUGGUCCCGGCGCCGUCCAACCUGCCGCGGCCUCUGAGCAUCAGCGACCUGUCCCCGGCGCCGAUGCACGGAUCCCAGCUCCGCGUCGCCUACCAGGGCGUCCCGGGGGCCUACAGCGAGGCCGCCGCCGGGAAAGCCUACCCUGGCUGCGAGGCCAUCCCCUGCGACCAGUUCGAGGUGGCCUUCCAGGCCGUGGAGCUCUGGAUCGCCGACCGCGCCGUGCUCCCCGUGGAGAACUCCCUCGGCGGCAGCAUCCACCGCAACUACGACCUGCUCCUCCGCCACCGGCUCCACAUCGUGGGCGAGGUCCAGCUCCCCGUCCACCACUGCCUCCUGGCGCUCCCGGGGGUCCGCCGCGAGCUGCUGGGCCGGGUCAUCUCCCACCCGCAGGCCCUGGCCCAGUGCGAGCACACGCUCACCCGCAUGGGCCUCAACGUGGCCCGCGAGGCCCACGACGACACCGCGGGAGCCGCCGAGCACAUCGCCGCCAAUUCCCUCCGCGACACCGCCGCCAUCGCCUCCGCGCGCGCCGCCGAGCUCUACGGCCUCGCCGUCCUCGCCGACGGCAUCCAGGACGACGCGGGCAACGUGACGAGGUUCGUGAUGCUGGCCAGGGAGCCCAUCAUCCCGCGCACCGACAGGCCAUUCAAGACGAGCAUCGUGCUGGCCCACGACGGCGAGGGCACGUCGGUGCUCUUCAAGGUGCUGUCGGCGUUCGCCUUCAGGGACAUCAGCCUGACCAAGAUCGAGAGCCGGCCGCACCGGCACCGGCCCAUACGGCUCGUGGACGACGCCAACGUCGGCACGGCCAAGCACUUCGAGUACAUGUUCUACAUCGACUUCCAGGCGUCCAUGGCCGACGUGCGCGCCCAGAACGCGCUCGCCGAGAUCCAGGAGUUCACCUCCUUCCUCAGGGUGCUCGGCAGCUACCCCAUGGACAUGACGCCAUGGGACAGCGCGCCCUACACAUCCUCAGCCGCCUCGAAUCAACAAGCCUAAGCUGAGCUGAGGCUGAGCUCCCUGUUGGUGUUGCAUCGAUCAAUGCGGCAAGAAAUUCUUGUUAAUUUAAUCUUCUUCCCAUGUUCAUUUCUUUUGCUCCUCUUGAAUAUUUUUGUGGCUGAAUUUCUUCCGGGAAAAACGAAUAGCAAGGUGUCAAUGAAUCAGUGUAACCAGCAUCACAAAUUUUUGGAUUGUUCUUCCGUGCACGCAUCGGUGCCGGAUGAAUUUGCCUAAUCAAAACCGGUUGCUGAGUUCUUGUC